GAAACGGAGCGCGCGGACGAGGCUCCAUUGGCUGCGAGUGUCGAUAUUCAGUGCUAUUCUUGGAAAUAAAUUCCCAGAAUUUUGUCUCUUCAAUUUGUUGAACUGGGGAGUUUUUCAUAUCUCAAGGGAAACUGUUUACAUUUCUCGUGCAUUCUCUCUUGGUAGCUUAGGCGAUCAUUUUCAUGAACAUUACGUUUUAUUGGUGCUGGCGGGUUGACAGUUAAAUCUCGAAUAUCUUCUCGGGUUUUACAUUUGAUGGUAGUUUGAUUAUACCGCAUUCCAGUGAAAAUAUGACUUUACUUACUCAUGAUGGACUUCAGUGUGUUGAUUCUGUAGGCUACCGACCCACAUUAAGAAUUAUUUUUCACUUCUAGUACUCCAUUGCAAAGGCUGCCUUCUGCCUUCAGCUAUGGUCGCCAGGGAGAGGAAUUUGCAGAGUGAUGGAGGCAACAGACAGCAGACUGUGUCACACCACCAGCCCUGUACCUGUCUUGUCUCCCACAUGUGGGACCCCAGCACAGACCUGCUGCACAUCAGCAACACCUUCCAGCAGCUUCAUACCUCAGGCUGGUACUGGGGAGCCAUAUCAGCAGCUGAGGCCAAGAUUGCUCUUCAGGAUGCAUAUGAGGGCACCUUCCUAGUGCGCGACAGCAGUCAUCCACACUAUAUGCUGACGCUGUCGGUGAAGACUUGUUUUGGCCCCACCAGUGUCCGCAUCGAGUACAACUGUGGUCUCUUCCGGUUGGACUCCAGCUCCCCUGCCCUCUCCAGCCUACUCUCCUUCCCCAGUGUCCCCAGUCUGGUCCAGCACUAUGUGAGCAAUGGACAAAGACAGGGAGAGGGUGAACUGGAGGAAGAUGAGGCCAAGUCAUGGGAGUCUAUGACACCCAAAGGUGACGCUGUGUUCCUGAAGCUUCGAUAUCCGCUCCACAAACCCCAGGCCUUUCCCUCCUUACAGCACCUUACACGCCUUGUUAUCAACCGCCAUGCCCCCAGCCCUACCCAACUGCCUUUACCUGGGCCAUUGGUGCUUUUUCUGCAGGAGUACCCUUUCUACAUCUGAGGACGUCAAAGGCCUCAAAACAAAUUCCUUUUCUUCAAUGGUCCUGCAAAGCCUGGACAGAACGAACAUACCAAUUAAGCAGGACUUCAGCACAGCAGGAUGCAGUACUAACAUACUUUUAUGCCACUUCUGGUGAAUCCAGACUGAAUAAGGCCAAUGAGGAGGAAAACCCCAUAACAAUUUAAAAUGAAUAAGGACAUAAAAAAAUAAUGAUUGGUAA